AUUUUACUGCAUGCACUGCUGAGGUCGUAAUCUUUUGUUUUACAGCACUGCACGUUGACUAUGGAAACAGACGCUAUUGAUGGCUACAUAACAUGUGACAAUGAGCUUUCACCUGAAGGGGAGCAUGCCAAUAUGGCCAUUGACCUCACCUCAAGCACACCCAAUGGACAGCACGCCUCACCAAGUCACAUGACAAGCACAAAUUCCGUAAAGCUAGAAAUGCAGAGUGAUGAAGAGUGUGACAGAAAACCCCUGAGCCGUGAAGACGAGAUCAGGGGCCAUGAUGAGGGGAGCAGCCUAGAAGAACCCCUAAUUGAGAGCAGCGAGGUGGCUGACAACAGGAAAGUCCAGGAUCUUCAAGGCGAGGGAGGAAUCCGGCUUCCGAAUGGUAAACUGAAAUGUGACGUCUGUGGCAUGGUUUGCAUUGGGCCCAAUGUGCUUAUGGUACAUAAAAGGAGUCACACUGGUGAGCGCCCCUUCCACUGUAACCAGUGUGGAGCUUCUUUCACCCAGAAGGGCAACCUUCUGAGACACAUAAAGUUACACUCUGGAGAGAAGCCGUUCAAAUGUCCUUUUUGUAGCUAUGCUUGCAGAAGAAGGGACGCUCUCACAGGACACCUCAGGACCCACUCUGUGGGUAAACCUCACAAGUGUAACUACUGUGGACGAAGCUACAAGCAGCGCAGCUCACUGGAGGAGCACAAGGAACGGUGUCACAACUAUCUGCAGAAUGUCAGCAUGGAGGCUGCUGGGCAGGUCAUGAGUCAUCAUGUACCGCCCAUGGAAGACUGUAAGGAACAAGAGCCUAUCAUGGACAACAAUAUUUCUCUGGUGCCUUUUGAGAGACCUGCUGUCAUAGAGAAGCUCACGGCAACUAUGGGAAAGCGCAAAAGCUCCACUCCGCAGAAGUUUGUGGGGGAAAAGCUUAUGCGGUUCAGCUACCCAGAUAUUCAUUUUGAUAUGAACUUAACGUACGAGAAGGAGGCUGAGCUCAUGCAGUCUCACAUGAUGGACCAAGCCAUCAACAAUGCAAUCACCUACCUUGGAGCUGAGGCCCUUCACCCCCUGAUGCAGCAUGCACCAAGCACAAUCGCCGAGGUGGCCCCAGUCAUAAGCUCAGCUUAUUCUCAGGUCUAUCAUCCAAACAGGAUAGAAAGACCCAUUAGCAGGGAAACUUCUGACAGUCACGAAAACAACAUGGAUGGCCCCAUCUCUCUCAUCAGACCAAAGAGUCGACCCCAGGAAAGAGAGGCCUCUCCCAGCAAUAGCUGCCUCGAUUCUACUGACUCAGAAAGCAGCCAUGAUGACCACCAGUCCUACCAAGGAAACCCUGCCUUAAAUCCCAAGAGGAAACAAAGCCCAGCUUACAUGAAGGAGGAUGUCAAGGCUUUGGAUGCUACCAAGGCUCCCAAGGGCUCGCUGAAGGACAUCUAUAAGGUUUUCAAUGGAGAAGGAGAACAGAUAAGGGCUUUCAAGUGUGAGCACUGCCGAGUCCUUUUCCUAGAUCAUGUCAUGUACACCAUUCACAUGGGUUGCCAUGGCUACCGGGACCCACUGGAAUGCAACAUCUGUGGCUACAGAAGCCAGGACCGUUACGAAUUUUCAUCACACAUCGUUCGAGGGGAGCAUACAUUCCACUAGGCCUUUUCAUUCCAAAGGGGACCCCUAUGAAGAACUGCACAUGAAGAAAUACUGCACUUACAGUCCCACUGUCCUCCGGACGGUG